UGACAUUUCCUCAAUAAUCAACGUGCUGGAAUUAUAAUUAUUCGUUAUAAACAAAAAUAAAUUAAAAUUUAGAAAAAUGGUGCAAGGAAAAUUCAAAAAAGCCAAAUUACCAGCAAGUUUGCAGAAGAAACAAAAGGAGAAAAAUGCCAAGGCAUUUACAAGGAGAUCAAAUGCACCAAUUCAGGCAAAAAAAUCUAAAUUCAAUGAACAACAAAAGAUUAAAGCUGCCAUUUCCAAGACCGUCAACAAAUCUGUAGAGAAUGAGCUACGCUCACGUGCUGUGGAAGGACAAAUUAAAUUGAGUAAAGCGCAAGAAGCAGUGGCGAAACAUCAUCAAGCGAAAGCAGCUGAGGCAGGCCCAUCAACGUCGACAUCUUAGUAAAAUUUCAAUUUUCGGUUAAUUAGUUAUUUUACUUCUGUAAACACAUGCAUUCAAACAUUAGUUCUCAUGUAUAAUGGCUACAUAUAUGAAAUGUAAUUCUAGACUGUUAAACAUAAUUAAAUAUAAUUCAUAAUUAAAAAACUA